AUGGCUUCCAUCAAGUUAUGGCUGGAGAAUGGGACAAAACAGAAGGAAAUCCAAGCACCUAAAAACAACAGGUGGAUUGCUCCUCCAUUAGAUGUAUUCAAAGUUAAUUGGGAUGCUGCCAUUGAUAAAGGCAACUCGAGGUUGGGGAUUGGUGUGAUGGUUAGGAACUCAGAAGGAGCUGUUAUGGCAUCAUUGUGUUCAUCGAUGGACUUGUUCCCGAAUCCACUUCUUGGUGAGGCUGUAGCAGCUCGAAGGGCUUCUUCGUUUUGUGCAGAAUUGGGAUUACAACAUAUUAUUCUUGAAGGUGACUCUCUAUCUGUGGUGAAGGCUAUUCAACACAAAGAGGAUAGUUGGAGUGAUACUGGUCUUGUUAUUAGAGACAUUAAGGUCAUGCUAUCCAAGUUUCUUUCCUGGUCUGUUCUACAUGUCCAUAGGGAAGUUAAUGUAAUUGCACAUCAUUUGGCAAAGUUUGCUCUUAGUUGCCAAGAUGAUUGUAUACUUAUUGAGGACUAUCCUCCUUGUAUCCAGCACUUGUUUUGA